GGGAGGAGUCAGCUGCGUAUGGAGGCGGUUCAGGGAAGAGUUUUCCUUCUUGUCUCCCUGCGUUUCUGUGUGCUAGUCCAGCAGGUCUCGAGGUAUCUGGUCAGUGGAGUGAGAAGUAAAUGUGAUCUCCAGAACCGGAGCCUGCAGAAGGAUAACAUGGCCUUAGCCGGGUGUCCAGACUACUUCCUCCUCCAAUCUAACUUCCAGGAAACUGUGGACCGGACUUCCUCCCACAGACCGGACGAUUUGAAUGGUCAAGGGUUUCAACUCUCUGUCCAUCGGAACUCCGACCACCAAGAUGAUGUGGAUCUGGAGGCGUUGGUGAAUGACAUGAACUCCUCUCUGGAGAGUCUCUACUCCAGCUGCAAUACCCACACAGAGACGGCCCCGCUGCUGCACAACAGUCACGUGCACACCCCUCAUCACGGGCAUGCUCCUCAUCGGCGCGGCCCUCGCUCCCAGCGCCCUACGCCCCCUAUUCCCCUCUCCUGCCCCCAAGAGAGGCUGUGUCGCUCUCAGCCCGUACACAUCAACGCCUUCAUGAGGCUCCAGGAGGAGCAGCAGCAGUGUCGUCCCUCCUCUCUCCCUGCCGUCAUCAACCCCUUCCCUGAACUCUGCACCCCCACUGGCUCUCCCAUCCUCAGCCUCAUACACACCACAGACAACCAUAUCAUCAAGGUGUACAGUGAGGAUGGAGCAGGGAAGGUGGUGGAGGUGCCGGCUGAUAUGAGGGCCAGAGACGUGUGUCAGCUCCUGGUCUAUAAGAGCCACUGUCUGGACGACAACAGCUGGAGCCUGGUGGAGCAUCACCCACUACUGGGCCUCGAGCGCUGUCUGGAGGACCAUGAGUUGGUGGUUCAGGUUCAAGCCUCUAUGACCAGCGACAGUAAAUUCCUCUUCAGGAAGAACUAUGCCAAGUAUGAAUUCUUCAGGAACCCCCUGAACUUCUUUCCGGAGCAGAUGGUGGCAUGGUGUCAGGUAUCUAACGGCUCCAUCCCCCAGUCACAGCUCUUACAGAACUUCCUAAACUCCAGCAGCUGUCCGGAGGUGCAGGGGUUCCUCUAUCUGAAGGAGUCUGGCAGGAAGUCCUGGAAGAGACUCUCCAUGUUCCUCAGACGCUCUGGACUCUACUACUCCACUAAAGGAUCCUCCAAGGAACCCAGACACCUCCAGUUGUUGUCAGACCUGGAGGACAGUAGUGUGUUCACAGUGACCACAGGGAGGAAGCUGCACAACGCCCCCACUGACUACCAGUUCUGUAUCAAGCCCAGUAAGGUGAGGAGUGAGUGCAAGGAGCUGAGGAUGCUGUGCGCAGAAGAUGAACAGAGCAGAACCUGCUGGAUGACUGCCUUCAGACUGUUAAAGUAUGGGAUAUUACUGUAUCAGAACUACAAGAGUCCCCAGCAGCGGAAGUCUCCUGUCUCACACUUCUCUACUCCUGUGAGGAGUGUGUCUGAGAACUCUCUGGUGGCCAUGGACUUCUCCGGCAGGACGGGACGCGUCAUAGAGAACCCUAUGGAAGCACAGAAUGCCGCGGUGGAGGAGGGACAGACAUGGAGGAAACGUGGUCACCGUAUGAAUGCUCUGGGCAGUCCCAGCCUCCUCCACCCAUCUUCUCUCAGCUCAGUGAUCCACAGAACACAGCUAUGGUUCCAUGGUCGCAUCAUUAGAGAAGAGUCCCACAAGAUGAUCAUGCAACAAGGACAAGUAGACGGGUUGUUCCUGCUGAGAGACAGUCAAAGUAACCCCAAGGCGUUUGUCCUGACCUUGUGCCACCACCAGAAGAUCAGACACUUCCAGAUCCUACCGUGUGAAGAGGAAGGUCAGAUGUUGUUCAGUUUGGAUGAUGGCUCCACCAAAUUCACAGACCUGAUCCACCUGGUGGAGUUCUACCAGCUCAACAGAGGGGUGCUGCCCUGCAAGCUCAAACACCCCUGUACCGCCGUUGCCUUGUGACCCUUCACCCCUGACCUCUGACCCAUGAACCAUACGCCUGCCCUCUGAUCUCACUAAACUACCCUCUGUCUGCAGUUAAAUUCUCUACCCCUUGUUCACUAGCUCGUCAAGUGUGCACUUAUUCACUCGUUCCUUGUGGAUUUGAAAGGAAUGGAGUGUUGGAAGCUGAUGGUACAUGCUUAGUUACACCAAUGCUUUUAAAAUGCAUGAGGGGUAGUGAACAAUUGCACACUUUUUUUUGGGGGGGGGGGGAUUGGAAAGUGGCCACACAGAUAGAUAAAUCGACAGACAAACAGACAUGUGGUGUACUAUAGUAAUCUGUGGAUCCAACCAGGCCCCUGUUUCCUCCUCCUUCACCCACCUCAGACAGACGAUAGACAGGGGGCUGGUUUCCCCGCACUUCUUUAUUGAUCAUCAGGGAUCGAAUUGAUCACAACGAUUGACCAUGUGUAAAAAUCAACCUGUGCAGUCCAGUCUUUAUAAGCUGAUCACCUGAUGCUUCAUGCUGCCAUCUGGCUGACGUUGUCUUGGGGGCAUCCUGAAGCGUGACGUUGUCUGGGGGGUAUCCUGAAGCGUGACGUUGUCUGGGGGGGCAUCCUGAAGCGUGACGUUGCCUGGGGGGCAUCCUGAAGCGUGACGUUGCCUGGGGGGGCAUCCUGAAGCGUGACGUUGUCUGGGGGGGGGCAUCCUGAAGUGUGACGUUGCCUGGGGGGCAUCCUGAAACGUGAUGUUGCCUGGGGGGCAUCCUGAAGCGUGACGUUGCCUGGGGGGUAUCCUGAAGCGUGAUGUUGCCUGGGGGGCAUCCUGAAGCGUGACGUUGCCUGGGGGGGCAUCCUGAAGCGUGACGUUGCCUGGGGGGCAUCCUGAAGCGUGACGUUGCCUGGGGGGCAUCCUGAAGCGUGACGUUGCCUGGGGGGGCAUCCUGAAGCGUGACGUUGUCUGGGGGGGGGCAUCCUGAAGCGUGACGUUGCCUGGGGGGCAUCCUGAAACGUGAUGUUGCCUGGGGGGCAUCCUGAAGCGUGACGUUGCCUGGGGGGUAUCCUGAAGCGUGAUGUUGCCUGGGGGGUAUCCUGAAACGUGAUGUUGCCUGGGGGGUAUCCUGAAACGUGAUGUUGCCUGGGGGUAUCCUGAAACGUGAUGUUGCCUGGGGGGUAUCCUGAAACGUGAUGUUGCCUGGGGGGUAUCCUGAAACGUGAUGUUGCCUGGGGGGUAUCCUGAAACGUGAUGUUGCCUGGGGGGUAUCCUGAAACGUGAUGUUGCCUGGGGGGUAUCCUGAAACGUGAUGUUGCCUGGGGGCAUCAUGUCUUUCCUCUGCUUUCCUUAUUGGACCAACCAUCUCACUCUAUCUACGAUACUUUAUACACGGCCACUAGGAAGAGAAAAAGCUAACAACAAACAGAACAAAAGCAAACUGUGUUGGCCGUUUGUAUGAAGUGGCAGGUGAUUGUUUGAGAUGUGAACUUGCCUGUCAGAGCUGAUGGCAUUGCGAUGAUGUUGUAUUACUGUUGCAGAACUAUUUGCACUUCUGAACAGACAGCCUACAGUUCUCUUGUAAACUGAAUGAAGCUGAAUGCUCCUUCUCAACCUGCUCUUCCUCCUCUCUUUCUGCUCCUCAUGUUCUGCUCUUCCUCCUCUUUCAUGUCCUGCUCUUCCUCCUCUCAUUCUUCUCCUCUUGUCCUGCUCU